AUGACACACCCGCUGGCGCGGUUGGAGUCUUUAUCGCGUGUGCGCGACAGACAGUACAUCUGUGUCAAGGCCAUGGUGGUGGAAAAUCCUGGAAGCACUGAGAGAUUGACUGGCAAUGGCCCGUUGUCGGUGUGCAAUGCCGUCAUCCAAGAAGGGACGACGCGUGUGAGGUGUGCCUUCUGGAGAGAGAUGGCAGAUAAGUUGGCCGCUGUGGCUGUGAACUCUUGUGUUCUGUUGUAUCAGGUGCUCGUGUCCAAGAAAGCUGGAGACGCGGCUUCGUGGGAACUCGGCUCCUGGCGAGGAACGCAGAUUUUGCCCUGUCCGCGCGAUUUGGCAGAUCAGAUGACCGCAACUUUGGCUGACAAGGAGGCCUGCCGGAUGUUGACCAAUGUUCCCGUCAAGGACUACAAGAACUGUCCAGUUGUUGCGACCUCGUUGAGUGCUCUCAUGGGCGUCAUCGUCCCCGGAGCGUUGAGGAAAGUGGAGACUGUGUUCGAAGUCGUUGGCCUACAGGUCAUGGGGAUCACGUCGGUGCGUUCCGAAACCGAUGAAUGGAUUCUGGACAGCUGCAGUACUUGCAAUCGUGCGGCUCCAUGUCAGGCGCACGCCACUGCGCCAACGGAGCGUCGACUUGCUCUGCGACUCACGGUGGCAGACUCGAAUGCACAGUGCAGCCUGAUGAUCUAUCAUGAAGGUAUUUUGGCUGUUGCCAAGCUGCUGAACGUUGAGCUGACCACAUCGUUGCAGGACACGCGGACUUUGAGAACGCAGCUUCGUGAUAUGUUUCAAAGUGCUCAAUGGACUUGUCGUUUCACAUUCCGUGGAAAUGAAUACCAAGAAGUGCUGGAACUUGAUCUUCGGCAUCUGGAACCUUGUUUGGUCACAACACGUGAAGCAGUUGCCGCAACCUCACCGGAGCUGUUGCAACGCCCAGUGACACAUCAUCAUAUGCACGCAGGCUGUCCGGUGGUCUCCCUUCGUGAUGUGACAGAAGACAAAGACCUGGGAAUGUUUACCUUUGGGCAUAUCGAUUGCACCGCAAUGCGGGCUUUGGUUGCCUUCAACGAGGUCGACUUGGCAGAUGAUGAAGCUUUGCAGCAGGACCCAAACACGACCUCGGCCAUUCGUGUCAAGAGGUCUGUGGAUUGCCUGUUGUCGCACUGGAUGCUCCGAGGAUCCGCAGGUCAAGUCUUCCAAGUUGUCCUUGGCCAGACCGACAGUUUUGGAGAAUACUUGGUUUUGUGGCAUGUGCCGGUCGUGCAAGAACGAGUUCCUGAAGUGACAGCUUUCUGGGAAUUUCUCAGCGCCACUGAAUCCAAAGAUGCAGGCUUUCAGUUUGACAAGGAUUGGGAGACGCCGUUGAAGCGCCUACGAGGUCUGCGUGACGGGAUGCCCGAGCAGGAACGUCACAGCGAUGCCUGGCACAGCGGCGAUGUGCCGAUGGAAUCCGUACUGGCACCGUGA